AUGCCCCGCGGCUUCCUGGUGAAGCGCAGCAAGAAGUCCACGCCCGUGUCCUACCGGGUCCGCGGCGGCGAGGACGGCGACCGCGCGCUGCUGCUCUCGCCGGUCUGCGGGGGCGCCCGCGCCUCGCCCCCGGCGCCGAGCCCCGGGCCGGGCCCUCUGCCGCCGCCGCCCGCCGAGCGCGCCCAUGCGACGCUCGCCGCCGCGCUCGCCUGCGCGCCGGGCCCGCCGCCACCCCCGCCGGGGCCGCGGGCCGCGCACUUCGGCAACCCCGAGGCCGCGCACCCCGCGCCGCUCUACAGCCCCACGCGGCCCGUGAGCCGGGAGCACGAGAAGCACAAGUACUUCGAGCGCAGCUUCAACCUCGGCUCGCCCGUCUCGGCCGAGUCCUUCCCCACGCCCGCCGCGCUGCUCGUUGGAGGCGGCGGCGGCGGCGGCGGGGCCAAUGGCGCGGGCGGCGGCGGCACCUGCGGCGGCGACCCGCUGCUCUUCGCGCCCGCCGAGCUCAAGAUGGGCACGGCGUUCUCGGCAGGCGCCGAGGCGGCCCGCGGCCCGGGGCCCGGCCCCCCGCUACCCCCCGCCGCCUCCCUGCGGCCCCCAGGCAAGCGACCCGCGCCCCCCGCCGCCGCCGCCGAGCCUCCCGCCAAGGUAGCCAAGGCCCCAGGCGCCAAGAAGCCCAAAGCCAUCCGCAAGCUGCACUUCGAGGACGAGGUGACCACGUCGCCCGUGCUGGGGCUCAAGAUCAAGGAAGGCCCGGUGGAGGCGCCGCGGGGCCGCGCGGGGAGCGCGGCGCGGCCGCUGGGCGAGUUCAUCUGCCAGCUCUGCAAGGAGGAGUACGCCGACCCGUUUGCGCUGGCGCAGCACAAGUGCUCGCGCAUCGUGCGCGUGGAGUACCGCUGCCCCGAGUGCGCCAAGGUCUUCAGCUGCCCGGCCAACCUGGCCUCGCACCGCCGCUGGCACAAACCGCGGCCUGCGCCCGCCGCCGCCCGCGCGUCCGAGCCCGAAACCGCUGCCAGGGCUGAGGCGCGGGAGGCGACGGGCGGCGGCAGCGACCGCGACACGCCGAGCCCCGGCGGCGUGUCCGAGUCGGGCUCGGAGGACGGGCUCUACGAGUGCCACCACUGCGCCAAGAAGUUCCGCCGCCAGGCCUAUCUGCGCAAGCACCUGCUGGCGCACCACCAGGCGCUGCAGGCCAAGGGCGCGCCGCCGGCGCCCCCCGCCGAGGACCUAUUGGCCUUGUACCCCGGGCCCGACGAGAAGGCGCCCCAGGAGGCGGCCGGCGACGGCGAGGCGGCCGGUGUGCUGGGCCUGAGUGCGUCCGCCGAGUGCCACCUGUGCCCAGUGUGCGGGGAGACGUUCCCCAGCAAGGGCGCCCAGGAGCGCCACCUGCGCCUGCUGCACGCCGCCCAGGUGUUCCCCUGCAAGUACUGCCCGGCCACCUUCUACAGCUCGCCCGGCCUCACGCGGCACAUCAACAAGUGCCACCCAUCCGAGAACAGACAAGUGAUCCUCCUGCAGGUGCCCGUGCGUCCGGCCUGCUAG